AAGAUUCAUGAGAGUGUUGUCAUGGACCUUUGUCAAGUUUUGGAUCAAGAGUUGGAUGCACUGGAGAUUGAGACGGUGCAAAAAGAGACUAUACACCCAAGAAAAAGUUACAAGAUGAACAGUUCCUGUGCUGAUAUUCUUCUCUUUGCUGCACAUAGAUGGCCCAUGUCCAAGCCAAGCCUGGUUGCCGAGUCAAAGGAUGUUUUCGAUCAAAAAGCAAGCAAUAAAUACUGGAUCGAUGUGCAACUUCGUUGGGGGGACUAUGAUUCCCAUGACAUAGAACGUUAUGCUAGGGCCAAGUUUAUGGAUUACACAACGGACAACAUGUCCAUAUAUCCGGCACCCACUGGCGUCAUGAUCGGAUUAGAUUUGGCAUAUAACCUUCACUCAGCCUUCGGCAAUUGGUUCCCUGGGUCGAAGCCUUUAUUGGCUCAAGCAAUGAACAAGAUUAUGAAGUCAAAUCCGGCAUUAUAUGUCCUGAGGGAGCGCAUAAGGAAAGGUCUACAGUUGUACUCAUCCGAGCCAACCGAGCCUUAUCUUUCGUCACAAAACUACGGAGAAAUUUUCAGCAGCCAAAUUAAAUGGUUUGUCGACGACACUAAUGUGUAUAGAGUAACAAUACAUCGAACUUUCGAGGGAAAUCUCACUACUAAGCCCAUAAAUGGCGCCAUCUUUAUAUUCAAUCCGAGAACAGGACAGCUAUUUCUCAAGGUCAUCCAUACGAGCGUGUGGGCAGGGCAGAAACGGCUGGGUCAGCUGGCCAAGUGGAAAACCGCAGAAGAAGUAGCUGCUCUUGUGCGGUCAUUGCCAGUGGAAGAGCAACCAAAACAAAUCAUCGUCACUCGCAAAGGAAUGCUGGAUCCUCUAGAGGUCCAUUUGCUCGAUUUCCCCAACAUCGUAAUCAAGGGUAGUGAGCUACAGUUGCCUUUCCAGGCUUGCUUGAAGAUCGACAAGUUUGGUGAUCUGAUUUUAAAGGCUACCGAACCUCAGAUGGUUCUAUUUAAUAUCUACGAUGAUUGGCUGAAGACUAUCUCAUCGUACACUGCCUUCUCCCGUCUCAUAUUGAUUCUGCGGGCGCUGCACGUGAACAAUGAGAAAGCAAAGAUGUUACUGAGGCCUGACAAGACCGUCAUCACCCAACCUCACCAUAUCUGGCCUUCUCUAACGGACGAUGAGUGGAUGAAGGUGGAAGUCGCACUGAGAGACCUCAUUCUUUCAGACUACUCCAAGAAGAAUAAUGUGAAUACAUCUGCGCUAACACAGUCUGAAAUCCGUGACAUAAUACUCGGUGCGGAGAUUGCUCCACCCUCGCAGCAGAGACAACAGAUGGCCGAAAUCGAGAAACAGGCCAAAGAAGAUAGUCGGUUAACAGCGGUUACAUCAAGAACGACGAACGUCCAUGGCGAUGAGCUUAUAGUCACCACAACUAGUCCAUACGAGCAGCAAGCAUUCGGUUCCAAGACCGACUGGCGCGUGAGAGCUAUCUCAGCUGCAAAUCUUCAUCUCCGUGUUAGUCACAUCUAUGUGAACUCAGACGACGCAAAG